UUGUAUCGGUACUACUGCUUGAGAGCACCAAAUCCAAAAUUGAGAGUAAUAUUCAAAUUACUCUCGAAUGUGUAAUUAAUUUCAAAGUGGAUCCAGUACACGUCGCAAAAAAAACUACUAGGGUCAACAACAACACGUAUAUUGGCAAAUGAUAAAACUUUAAAAACGGUAAAUCAAACUGAAAUUAAACAAAUUCACUGCAGCUUCCCAGUAACUUAAAGGUAAACUUGAUAUAUAAAAUACCUACAAUAAAUAGGUGAGAGAGAGAAAUAACAUUGCCUAACUGAGGCGAGAGUAAUAUUGCGAGAAUUAGCGAAAAAUGUACAAUUCAGAGACUAAAUUAAUAGGCGUGAUGCUGCCUGAGAGGGUUCACGGGCGUCUCCCCGUGACAAAAUAGAAAGUUAAGAUCUGCCAUUCGAACAAGACAAAAAAAAACACAUGGCCGUCAAGGGUGGUAUUUUAAGUGUUUUGCAGGUCAAUUUAGCGAAGCGUGUGAAAGCAUCCCUUCGUGAUCAACUUUCUAUUUUGUAUACAUUAGGUAGUAAGAUAAUUUUAACAUAUUUACAAAACUAAUACUAGGUGUUUAUCAAAAUAGUAAAAAAAACAAAUGCGUUUGAAUUGUAUUCGAACACAGAACACGCCUAUGGCGUAUACAAAUAAAUAAAAGAAUAAAAGCAGCUCUAAAAAAAUAAAAAAGUUCUAUAUUUGUGAGACAUAAACCUGGGACCUCUCGAUCCCAAAGCGACGGCCUCACCAAUGGAUCCACAGCUGCUCUUGCAAAAUUGGCUAUAGCUAGGCGUUACUUUCCGCUUUCCGCCGCUUUAUGAAAUAAGGUGACAGCAAACGGCAACAUUGUUGGGUAUGCAGGUUGACUAGUGGCACGUAGAAGCUAUUUCUACAACACUUGUUGACAGAGAGUGGAUGACAGGUUGUGACAACAGGGACAACAGGUGUCAAAAGUUAAUAAAAUAUAUACGUUAUUUAUUUAUAUCAACAUCAAACAUCUAAGAAUAUAAUUAUAUUAUAUAUAAUUUUUGAAUAUGGGUUUAUUAGUUGUUUAGUUCAUUGAUUUAAAAAGAUUAUGCAAGUGUUUCACUGGUUAAAAACCACAGCCGCAGUGCCUAAUGGAAAGGAAUUUGAUACAGUUAAGCCGCAAGAUAAGUUUAUUAAAUGCACUUAAGGAAUUAUAAUGGGCGUGACAUAAACGCAAACAAAUAUGACUGAAAACAGAACUGCUCCAGUCAUCGGAUGCUUUCCUAAAGUGACAAAUACUUGGAGAAGUCUUUAUGGUUCUUUUACCCGAAUUAAUCAAAUACAUCCGACAGACCCGGUAUCGUCAAAAGACUGCAAGUUUAUAUUUAUCAAUUCCAAAGUGACAAUAAGGGUGGUUCAUUUUAUACCUGAAAAAAUAAGGCAUGCUGCUGUUGUCACUGAUGAUAUACUUUCAAAGAGAAGCUCGCUAUCAGAGGAGUAUUGGUUUAAAAAGAGUAGACCAUCUAAAAGUACAAAUUGUAACUGUUCCUUUAGAAGAUCCAGAAUAUCCAUAGGAUCAAAUUGUGUCACAUCUCAAAAAGAUUCAAAGUUAGACAUCUCUGAUGGGCCUCUAAAAGGAAUAAACAAUAUAGAGGCUUUUGUAGAAAACUUGAUCAAAGAAACAUUAUCUGAAGCUUUACUAGACUCUUCUAAAAAGAAUCCAAAGGAUGGCGUCCUUAACUUGGGAUACGCUAAUACAGAGGGUGAUCUGGAACUUACAAAUAUAAUAUUAAGAAAGAAAGAAAAAGUCAUAGAAACAAAUAAACAUUUCCAUUCUUCUAGUCUAAAUGUUUCACAUAAAAAUUGUUUCCAUAAGAAAAAUAAACCCUUAAUUAUGUUCAUUCAUGGUUUAGGUUCGUCUGCUGAAAUUUGGGGAAUAUUGAUGCGCAGCCUUUCAGCAAAAGGUUUUGAAGUCAUAGCUCCAGAUAUUUUAGGACAUGGAUUUAGUUCAGCUCCGACAAAAUCCAGCUUUUACCACUUUAAAAAUCUGCUGCUUCAGUUAAUAGCGGUAUUUGAUUAUUUCAUGGAAAAAGAAGAAAAAAGAAAAUGUGUACUUAUUGGACAUUCUUAUGGCUGCAGCUUGGCAACUGCCCUUUAUCCUCAUAAAGCCUCCAAAAUAGCGCAACUUGUGUUGAUCAGCGGUGGCGGACCAACUCCCUUAGCACCACCGGCAGAUGUAAAUAAUAUUUCACCUUACGGAUGUGCAUCAUAUUUCUGCUAUCCGUUCCUAUACUGCGGAGUAAAAAGAAGUUUUUUUUAUUCGUCGCGGGGUAAAAGUUUUAAGCCAUGUGAAAACGAAUCCACUGUGCCACCGCAUAUACUGGAAUAUUUGGUAACAGGACAGCACUGGACUGAAGGGGAUGCAGCUUUCCAUAGAAGAAUUAUGGUUCCUACUUUGCUGGUCCAUGGUUUACAGGACAAAAAUGUAACACUAGUCCAAGAAUGUGAAAUGGAAAGGACAAUUCCAAGAGCUUAUCUGGAAUUGCUUCCUAAUGCUGGUCACAUGUCCAUGAUAGAAACGCCAGAGCAUUUGACUCACAUGAUUACUUGCUUUUUAGAGAUGUGGAGUUAACAUAUCGCAUUAAAUCCUUUGUUUCAUAGAAAUAUAAAAAUUAAUUAGAACGGCGUGAUAUAUUAUUUGUUAUUUUGUUACCUGCACUAUUUUAUAAUAUAAGGAGUAGGAGGUACAUGUUUAUAUUAUAAUCUUUUAAAACUAAUACUCAAGAAUUGUGACUUGUUUUCAGGAGUAAUUAAAUUGAAAUAUUUCCGUCCAUUUGUUACAGUUGUUUUAAAAAAUAUAUAACAAAAAUAGUCUGCUAUAUUAUUAUAAAAAGUUGUAAAAAUAUUUGUACAGUUGUAAAUAAAAUAUAAUGAU